UGUUCAUAACUUUUAAAACCAUUCUGCAAAUCAUACUUUCAAAAAUUCAAUACUCCUUGUUUAUUUUCGUAAUAAAUAUGUCAUUUACUCGUAAAAUUACUACUCGAUAUUCCAAACUUUUACUGUGUGUUAUCCUUACAUGCACCUGGGUAAAUCUGGUAAUUUCCACUUCCGGUAACGAUAACAGUGUCGACGACCAGAAAGUUUAUAUCUACUGGUCAAAUUAUUUUGUCGAUAACAAAUUGAAUACCGGUUUUCAUGCACAGCCAAUUGACCUCAAUUCUUGCCAGGAAACAGUGCCCCAAUCCGAAAACGGAAAAAUCGCUAUGAUUUAUACAAGACAAAAGUGUCUCAAUUAUUACCUCACAAGUAGAAAUUGUCAAGGCCAAUUCAUUCGCUACUUUCCUGGACAGGUUGAGCCUGUCGUUGACCCAAUGCGGCAUUAUUUCGUGGAUAACAGCACAUUGGUUGCGCAGGAAUUAAAGUUUUCCUCCAUCGGCCCAUGCUAUGAUCGAUGCGAUCCUAGAAACUGGGAAGGUCUCGAGAGGUCACAACCCAUCAAAGUGACCCUCUUCGCCAGUGCAGAAUAUAAAGGAAACUCUGCAAAUUUACUAAUCCCUGAUGAAACGUGUAAGAACAUUCCCUCAUCAGUAAGCGGAUAUGAAUCAAUCAUAAUUUCCGGAGAUGAAUUCAAUUCAUGUGUCGAACUCCACGUUCAAUCCGAUUGUACCGGUGAUUUCACCCAAUUGCGACCCGGUUAUCCAGAAUUAGAUGAUUUAUCAUUUUAUGGACUUGGAAAUGCAGAUGAUGCAACGGAAGCUAAAGCAAUGUCACUCUGUGGACUGAAAUGUAAAAGGAAAUAUGUCGACAAAGUACAAGUUCGUGGUAAAGAGAAGAUGCGAAAUCCAUCAAGUUCGCCAAUCACGAUACCUUUGACAACAACACAGACGACUAUGCUGGAAAAUAAUUCGGGGCAACUUCAACGUAAGGACAGCCGUGCAGGAAGAUUUCCAGAGUGGUUAAUAUUUGUGGUGCUAUUUGUCGGCAUGAUCAUUUUCGUAAUUUUUACUGUUAUAUCAUUUGCAUAUAAGAAGAAGAAAUUCAAUCAAAGAUUUAAUCGACGUUCUGACAAGUUUGAAAAUGUUGCGUGCAAUGUGAACGCUUAAUUCGUUUCAAAUCGAAUGAAACUAGAUAAGUGACUGCGUAUUUGUACUUGUGAUUAGUUAUUUUAGGGGUAUUUUUUUCGGGCCGUCCUUAACACACAGAUACAUAUGUAUACGAUAUCUAACUUUGAUAACUCAAGCUAAGACGGGGCAUUGGUAUGAAUGAAUAUUUUAGCCUAAUGAGUUAGAAAACCUAUAUUCCUGGCCAAAUUUAAUCGGUGAGUUUAAUUACUCGUUCACCUUAUCUUUGAAUCUUAUACAUACAUAAUAUUUAUACUUGCAACGAGCAAAAUGGUCUUUACAGAGUUGAGACGCCUGGCAUAUAGCUAAAUUUCUGUAACUUGCACGUGGAAAGCAAUUUUGUAUUAUAAGGUUUUCUACCUAUUACAAUUUGCAUUGUGUAUUUAAGUUAAUACUUCAAAAUGUUUAUGCCUACUACAUGUUAGUCAUUUAAAGUUUUACUGUAAUAUACCUGAGAUGGAAAUUUGUUUACUAAAAUUUUGAGGUUAUUGGGAAUCUAAUGUCUUUUAUUGAUUUUACCAUUAUAUACGUCCCACUAUUAAUUGUCAAUUAAUAUUAAUCAAUGUUGUCAUUAGCGAGUUUGACAUGAUUUAGGCUACAUAUUUUAUGGGCCGUCGUACCCAUAGAAUAGAAAGAAAGGUCGUACCUUCCCAUUUAAUCGGUAUGUAUGCACAUAUGUACAUAGUGAGGGUAUUCAUUACAAGUUCGCAUGUCCGCAUCGCAACAUAACUUUUUCGAAAUUGCGAAAAUUGCGAAGCAAGGAAGUGAAGACACUUCGCCAAUGAAAAAUUCGUAAAAUUUUAUUAAGAUGUCUCGAAUUUUACAAUGGGAAAAAUACGUUAAUUUCCAUUAGUUACCGAAAUUUUACAUCUGAAAUUUACCAAAUAAGAAAAUUCAAAAAUUAGAAUUUUGGUGACUAAUGGAGAUUUAUGGGCUUUUCCCAUUGCGAAAUUUGUGAAAAAUAUUUUGCAAACUAAAUACUAGCCUUGGAGAUGCGUAAGUUCGCAAAUCAAUUUUCAAGCCAAAUUGUUUUGCGAACUUGCGAACUUUAUUUUUUUGCGAAUGUUACUAACGAUGCGAACUCGAAAUGAAUACCCUCAGUAUUUCCAUUCAAUCAUUAUUUUACGUGAUUUUCAUAACCUUCAACCUUGAGGAAAAUUAUCUAGAAGUUAAUUGCGCCCAUUUAAUUAAGAUAGUUAUUAUAAGCUAUUAUCUACACGUUUGCAGCCCAUGAAAUCUCAUUUGACGAUUAAAUCAAGUUUUCAACGAAUUCGAUCAUCGACAUACGA